AUGGCUGCGAUCUGUAGAGCUCUUGUUGCUGGACUGCUGCUCUGCAGUGCCUGGCGCCUGCUGGAGGGACACAAGUCUCUGAGUUCGCUGCUCUUCCGGAGGAUUGUCACCGACUACAACAGCAAAUAUCUGUCGUACUACGAGGCGUCGGUGAGUGCAGACUAUACGACCGUGAAUUUUACCCUACAUUUCAUACGGACCAUCACGGUGGAUGUGUGGCUGCGGGCCACGUUGGCCCAGCGCGUGUCCAAGAGGGAGAACACCUACCGGAACGUCUUCACCUACAAUGUCAAUCUGUGCCACAUCAUGGGCAAGGCCAGGGGCCAGAGCAUCAUCAAUUUCUGGCUGGAAAACGUCAUGAGGGACUCCAAUAUGCCCAAGCAGUGUCCCCUGAAGGAGGGAAACUAUACCAUGCUGAAUAUUCAAUCGGACAAGGAGGCCAUACCCCGAUUCGUGCGCUCGGGGAGCUUCAGCAUCGACUCCAAUCUGUACAUGAGGGAGUGGCACAACGAUAACCUGACAAACACCGUCUUCUAUGUGGAUAUCAGAAUGAAGUGA